UAAUAAAGUAGUAGCAUUUUUAUUGAUAUGUAGAUGUCCUGUUUAAUAUCCUGCUCUGCUGUUUAAUUUCCUUUGCACAUCACUUGUUUGAUAAAAGUCCCCUUCCAUUCAAAAGGUAACCUUCUACUUUCAAAAUAUGGAAAGUUGACAUUCUGUUUUGGACAAACUAAAAAGGAAAGUGUGCCACAUAAAUUGGGACAGAGGGAGUAGUAUUUUUAUUGAUAUGUAGAUGUCUUGUUUACUAUACUUCUAUGCUGUUUGCUUUUUAAGUUUAGCUAUUUGCUUUAAUUUUCUUUGCACAUUACUUGUUUGAUAAAAGUCGCCUUCCAUGUAGAAGGUAAAAGGGAAAAGGGUUAAAUUUACCCUUCUACUUUUGAAUAAUCCAUAAGACACUAAGUAGGCGUUUCGCCAUAGAAACCUAAUACUUUUCACUUUAUUUGGAAGUUUUGAAGCUGGAGUUGAAGAUGAAGUUGUGUCUGGUUAUAGCUUUUGCAAAGAAUAUUUGGUUGUUUGAAUGUACUGAAAGUGAAAAAAGUGAAAACAGGGUUUUAGGUGUUUUCCAAGUUGUAUUUGAAUUUUUCAUGGUCAACCAGCUGAUUUUUAAAUAAAGUGAAAAAAAUUUCAGGAAAAAAGUGAAUAAUUCUCAUGGCCAAACGGGUCCUAAAUUUCAGAUAUUACGUACAUGGUGUAGAACUAAACCAGAAUUACCGAAUGUUCAACUUCCUAAAUUAUAAGAACAAAAUUAGACAAAAUUGAAGUUAGCAACACCAUGGUGAGAAAACUCUAAAACCCUGUAAGUUCCCUGUAAUUAUAAACUGGAUCUCAACUACAACACAAUCAAAAUACGUAGUAUCAAAUUUAGAGGAUGUAUUGAUGUUAGUAUAGAUUAACGAAAUCAGAAAAGAUAUCAUUUUAAGUUGUUAACUUUUAUAUGAAAAUAUCAAAAGAUAUAUAUGGAUAAUAACCUCCAUUAGUCGAACUUCUUAGUUUAUGUUGUGAGGACUCAAUCCCGCUUCAGUUAAAUAUGGUAAUAGCGAUCAAAAUAUUAAUACAAUAUUUACGGUGUAAUUAACAAAGGAACAUUUUGAUGCAUUCACUGGCAGAGUAAUUAUUACUGUAGUAAUACAAAAUUAGAUGUACACACAUAAUAGUUUAAGACUAGAACAUGAAAAUGAAUUGUGUCGUGAUUCGUUCUUAAUCACUAUGACUAACGAAUAGCUUUGGCACCACCAGAUUCCUCAUCGCCCAGCCUUCCUUUGAACAUUAAAAGGGACAGAUUUCUGAUGUAGAAGUGCUCCAAAUAGAAGGGAUUUUGGGAAUUGGGGGAGUCUGUUGGGGUUAAGGGUAAGAUUGAUAGCUUUGUCAACCAUGGGGGUAGAUUUAGCCACAUAGUAUAACGGAGGAGAAAUAUGACCAAUAUUUGAAAGUAGAAGGGUAAAUCUGGCCCUUUUGCCUUAAAAGAAUGGUCCAUUGAUCCUAAGUAAAUAUGAUUCUAGACCAUUUUUCAGUAUAAACCAUAUCUCCAUAUCUAUACCUACAACCCGGUGCGUGAUCAUCCAGGGAGCGAGAAAGGUCGCAUCCAGAGGGUAAACCAAGUGAAGUAUAUAACAACUAAAACAUACUAACUACUAAGUUAUAAUUGUAGUAAUGGGGUUCAACGGCCAUAUUACAAAGAUUGAGAGACUCUAAUACUUGGCCUACUCAAUUAAAACUAAACAAAAAAACUGAAUUUGGUUUUGUCAAACUAGUUUUAGAAUGCAGCUUGAUUCAAAUUAAGACAAUAAUGAAAAGAACGUCUGAGAGGGGUUCCUCUUUAGUAAUCUAGAUGUCAAUAUAAGCCACUUAAUAGCGAGGUAAAUAUUGGGCAACCGUUAGCCUUAAAACACAAGCAGGUCUAAGAUAGUUUAUUUUCCUGAAAAAAUAUAUCCUUGAGUGAUCCAUGUAAAGUAGAAUAUUUCAAUCAUGGGUUACAUCCUACUCCAGCAAUUUCUAGUGUGUCAACUAAAGCUUUUCUCACUAACCUAUCGUCUUCACAAAUUAAGAAAUACUGACAUCUUUAUUGUGCAGAAACUAUUCUUUUAGGUGUCGUUUGGUUUGUAGAUAAGUUAUACAAAGAUUAUAAUGCGGGAUUAGUAAUGCAGAGAUUAGUUUAUACCGGACUUGUAGUACAUAGAUAUUUCUUGUUGGGUGUUUUUUUCAUUGUACUAAAAGUUGAAUAUACAAGAUAUUUUUUAAAAUAUGUGUUUACUUGUUAAACUAGAAAGCAAUGAGUUUAAAAUUAUUUUAGAGUUUAUUGUUAGUCCUUUCAAAGAAAUAAAUACGAAUGGCGGAGAAGUAAGCAAUGCUGAUAUGAACUCAACCAAAAUACUAUGGACAAGGUAUUGCUAGCCAUUUAACUUAGAAUAGUAAGAGCCGUAUAAUUUCUAAAGACAACGUCAAUAUAAUUAAAGCUGAAUCUUGUUUUCCUAGAUGGUUUACUGGCCCUUCUUUUGGUUUGAUAGGUUGCGUGACUCUUAGUUUGGUAUUACUUUUCUCUGGUGCUAAAUAGAUACUUGAAAGGAAGAGCAGAAUUAGUAGCGGUAUGCCAUUUCUUUCUCUCAAAAAGAUGUCGAGUUUUUAAGAAACAAGUUAGCUAGAUGUGACCUAGUGGUCAGUGAAGUGAGUGACAAACUAUGAAGUCUCAGGUUCAAAUCUCAGAGGAGACAAAAACACAGGUGAUUACUUCACAUCUAGAUCUAUCCAAGUUUUGGUGGACAGAGUUACCCAUUACGUGCUGGUGGGAGGUAACAUGCACCGCAAGCUGGCCCGAACACCAUGGUUAUAAAAAAAGUAAACAAGUUAGCCAUUUAAACUUGCUCUUUCUUGAUUUCUUUGGCAUAGUUAUUACUACUAUACUCUGAACAACUCUCAUUUGAACAACCAUAGGAAAGAGAGACAUGAGAUAAGCCAAGAGAGCCUUAAGUUUUGGAGUCUUGGACCCACUGAGAACUGCUUGAUAUGCUUGAGCUUUCUUGUCCAGGACCUUUUCGAACUUUCAUCUGCUGGAAGGCCACUGGCUUCUUUUGUUGAAUACUCAAAAUACUUUUCUGCAUUGGGUUCUCUACUAGUUUUGACUACUCUCAGAGGAAGCAUUCAUCCCUUUUUUUGGGAAGUAUGGCGAACUGGUCAGAACUUCCAUACGAACUACUUGUUGCGAUAGCAAAGCGUGUUACAGUGAUGGAGGAUUUCAUUAGAUUUGGUGUUGUUUGUAAAUCAUGGAGAAGUGCUGCUACCAAAGAAAAUUUUGAUGUGUUAGCGCCUCAAGUUCCAUUGCUUAUGCUGGCUGCUAAUGUGGAUGACGAUUAUCGAAGAUUCUACUCUCUUUCCAAGGAGAAAAUUUCUUGCAGAGUGUUCCUCCCAGAAGCUAGAGGGAAAAUGUGUUUUCCAACGCAGGGAUGGCUUUUUGCCGUGAACUAUACAACAGGUAUAGGAGAGAUGAUGUUGUUGCACCCUUUUUCACGCACCCAAAUUCAGCUUCCUCCACCUACGGGCUUGAGAGAUCAGGAAUCAAAACAUCUCUCUGUGACCAUCAACCAUGCUGUGUUAUCUGCUAGCCCUUCCCUAACAUCUGACUAUGUUCUGACGAUUUGCUAUGGUCGGCCUAAAUAUCGUUUGGCUUUUUGGCGACCUGGAGACCUCUACUGGACCAAAAUUCAUAUUGAAGAAGAAAUUGGUGCAUUCGUCCAUAUCCACUACUUUAAUGGACAACUAUAUGUCAUCCAUGGGUGGAACCUAGUCUCGGUUAUUGACAUCGCAGAGCCUAGCACUCCUCAGCCUGUUGUAAAACCCCGCCUGGUUGUUGAGAUGGACGAUUUAUCAUUUGAUGUAAGCCGGUACUAUCUAGUUGACGUAUCAGGUGCACUAUUAUUUGUUCAACAAUUGUUGAUUACAGACAAUGAACCAAAUGGAUGGAAGACCACUAGAUUUCGAGUAUUUGAACUAGAUGUACUCAGAGGAAAAGCAAAAGAGAUUAAAAGUUUGGGAGAGAGAGCAAUAUUUUUGGGGUGUAAUGCAUCAAUAUCCAUUGACUCUUCUGAACUAGUAGGAGUGAAGCCUAGCCACCUCUAUUUUACCUAUGAGUGGACAUGUUUAUUUCACCAAGGAUAUGAUUGGAGAGAGAUAGGGGCUUACAGUCUUGAAGAUGGAACCAUUCAAUCUUUUGAUCAAGGCACUGCUGGUGUUGUUACUGUUUCCCCGGCAAUUUGGGUUGCACCAUCAUUCUGAUAUCAAAAAGGAAUUGCACUUACCUUCAUUACGUUUUGGAUUUUAACACUCUUUAAUCAUUUUAGUUGUACAUUUCUCUGAACGUUUUGGUCUGUGAUAUUCAGUAUGCAAAUAUGCCUCUUUAAUUUGAUA